CAAGACGGUUGUACAGGGUUACCAAUUUUUUCUCGUCCAUGUUCUUCGAUUCGUUUUUGGCUUAAGCCGAUCGUCCGUUCCUAACUGGAGUAGAAACAGCCUCUCAUCGAAUAAGCCAAAAACAUUGUGUUGUCCAAUAUGGUAAGCCAGUAUUUUCCUUUCACGGCUUCUGUCUGCGUAUUUGUAGCACUGACGAUGGGAACGCUGAUUAUUUCUAGCGAAGCUAGAAGCCCUAUGCGAUUCCGUACCGCGACAGAUGUCAGGGAAGAAAGCUGCGAAUCUUUGCUCGGAUAUAAAGGCAAGUGCCGGUCUUACCACGUAUAUAUACUGAAAACUUGCCAAUGCUUCAGUGACCACAAGUCUGGGCAAGUAAAACAGAUACCAGAACGGUGCCGCGAUUUCGUUUGUAAGGAAACUAAGCCCACCUGUAUUAGCGACCCAGAUAAGCCUUAUUCCGUAUGCACAACCUGUGAGCAAUACGUGACAGGUGUUAAUCAGUCAUGUAUCAAAGCCGGUCUGUGCUACGAAAUAAGUGACAACUUGUUUUGUUGUCAAACCGGCUACCAAGCUGAAAAGAACGAGUGCGUAGACAUUGAUGAAUGUGCCGUACAUAAAGAUACCUGCGACCAAAUCUGUGAGAACCACCCCGGAACCUACUCCUGCCGCUGCAAAGAAGGUUUUCAAGAGGUUGACGAGCGGUGUAUUCCGCAAGAUGGAUGCGUUAAACUGAAUUGUUCACACAUGUGUAUUCAGACGGAGAAGGGAGCUAAAUGCGAUUGCCAGAGGGGCUAUAAGCUCGUAAACAGUACUCAAUGCGUCCUACAAGAGCGCGUUUGUCCAACAGGCUAUCAUCUCGACGUCGUCGAGAACGCAUGCAUGGUGUUAGGGGUCGAUCCUCAGCUAAUUUUUGUAGACGAUAGAACAAACAAAGUGUACGGUGUUCUCAUCCAUAAGAACGAUUCAAUCGAUGACUUGGGUCUGGUCGGAAUGUCUGCUAAUGGGCUUGCCUAUGAUACGACAAAACAUGUGGCCUAUUUCGUUGGCGAUAACCUCACUGCAAUGUAUUUUGAUGCAAAAGGCAUUCAGCUCACGACAACCAAGCUCAACCACACUGGCAGGUCGACAGCUUACGACUGGCGCGCGCUUGCUUUAUAUGUCCUCGAUUAUCAGACACUGACGUAUUGGAAUGUCUCUUAUACGACACCCCUUUUUGAAGCUGAACUAUUUGCACAUGACGGAACUAUACGCGACAUUGUCAUAGAACCUUUUAACAGCUGGCUAUUCUGGGCCGGUAGAGGCUACGUGAUGAAAACGACCUUGCAAGGAAAGCAACUGGUUAAAGUAUUUAGCAUCUAUAAGCACUUGCAAACAGAAAAUGCUGACAGUGAGUGUUUAGCAAUUGAUAACACUGAGAUAUACGACCCAUUUAUUUUCUAUGCCGCCAACACUCAUUUGUUCAGCUUCGACUCAUCCGGCACCCACAUAACGUUCCAUACUUCCGACUUGCCGGGACCCGUGCUUUCGAUGGAUGUUUUCGAAGACUGGGUUUAUAUGGUUAUAAAAGGUCAAGGCGGCAUCCACGCACGACGAAAAAUCGACCCUGUGAUCGUUACUACUCUGUUCAGGGGCCAAAGCGCGAGGGCUAUCUAUAUAAAUCAUCCGUUGCGUCAAAACGACAACUAUAUUUGGUCAUGCACAGCGGAAUGCGAGCAGCUCUGUUUCCGUUUAAGUAAUCUGGAAUCUGUCUGUGCCUGUCGGAAAGGUUACCGGCUGGCACAAAACCGUCGUUCAUGCAAUGAGAUCAUUUUGCGCGAGGAAACAGAAUGCGUCACACCAUCCCCAAAUUCAAGCCAAGAAUACAGAGAUGUUAUGGUGAUGCCUGAAAUGGGCGACUCGCCAGAGACAUACCGCAUCGGGGAGAAUUCGGAUAGGCCGAGUGGCCGAUUUGCACUAAUUACAGGUUUCGGACUAGUUCUUCUCCUAACGAUAUGUGUUAGCCAGAUGUACCUGCUGUGGGUGCUCGGCCUGCGACAUCAGUUCGGCAAUAGCUUUGAUGUAUUAGCAAGAUUCACUCCACAACAUGACUCCAUCUCGAUUAUGCAAUUGUCAGAAAACGAAAGGCUUUAAAAAGGCCACCAAAAUCUCAGAAAGAAACCCACAUAGGAGAAAUGCAAUACAUAGAAUAAAGCUCAAGCUGGGUAUCAAAUGCUUACCUAAUGAUACCGUUUGUAAGGUAAAAGUGCGUCAACAACACUGUUUCUAUGCGUAACUUUUAAAAAAGGUACAAAAAAAAAAUGUUAUCCUGUUUGUUGUUGAAUUUUCUCGUUUUUAAAGCAGGGGUAGAUCUGUAAACCUGUAGGAUUAUUCGUAAUGAUCUACAACUAUUCGUAGCGUACAACGCCGUCGUUUUGCUACGUUCAUGAGCAUGCGUACCACAAGUGACGUGAUGUCACUCAUUCGUAUACAACGAAGAUUUAUAGAUACGCAUGAAAUAUGUCUACAGUCUGCGUUACAGGGUAUUAUUAUAUGUAGAGGCAAAUAAAAUGCUGGA